UUGAUACGGAUAGGGGACUUUCGGGACUGUCACCUUAUGUUUCACAACGUAUAAAUAAAUAGAUUUAACUUUUCAUAGGCAGCCAGUGGGAACACUUAGAGCAUCAGAAUGUCUGGACAAAACAGCGACCAGUUGCAUCGCUCUACUUUGGGCAUAUAUGCGAGCCUGAUGGAUCAGUUCAACCCAAGUCUACAGAAGCUAGUGUCUUUGGGAAACAGCUACAUGCAUGCUUUCCAAGCCCUUGCUGUAACCAGUGAUGCUUACUUCAGCACCCUUGCUAAGAUAGGGGAGCAGGCCUUCCACACCAUGUCGUCUCGUUCUAUUGGAGAUGUCCUGAUUCAGAUUUCAGAGAACCAGAGGCGACUCACCACUGAACUGGAAGGAGUAUUCCGCUGGUUCCACACUGAGGUGCUGCAGGAGAUGGACAACAAUGUCAAACUGGAUAAGGACUACAUAGCAGGCAGCAGGAGGCGAUAUGAGAUGGAGAUAAGGAACAAGGCCACAUCUUUGGAGAGACAGCCGUGGAGAGGGCCUCACCAGGAUGAGUACAUUCAAUUCCUGAGGGAGAGUCAGCGCGAGGCUCUGAUGGAGGAGGAGAGGAGAUACCGUUUCCUGGCUGAGAAACACUGUGGUCUCACUCAGUCCAUCAUUUAUCUCAUGAACAAGACAGGGGCAGGGGGAGGCCUACAGCAGAAAGCUGAUGGAUGGAGGGACCAGGUCAACGCCACCAGAGGACUUGGAUCCCGGAAUCCCUCUCGACUGGGCCAGGACAACACGUCCAGAAUGAGGGAGGAGGACAGGGGGAGCCAAUGGUCAGGCAAAGAGGAGCAGCCUCUGGGAAGAGUGCCCUCUAGAGGCCCCUCACCCCAGAACAUCCGUUCCCGCUCCAGCUCAUUUGGGGAGUCCCUAGGUCUGGGUGGAGGAGGGAGACUUAUGAGAGCUCUGGUGUCCCACCCUGCUAACUCCAACAGCCCCACCCUGCUGCCCUUCUCCCGGGGGGAGGUGGUGAGUGUGCUGGUGCAGGAGCCCCGAAACGGCUGGCUCUACGGCCGGGCAGAGAACAGCUCACGUCAGGGUUGGUUCCCAGCUGCCUUUGUGGGGCCACUGGAGGAGGCCCCUAGAUCAACUGGCUCCAGUAGCUCCACUCUUAGGAGCGCCCACAGUAUGGACAACCUGCUGGACCAAUCAGGAGGCAUGAGCAACGGCAGACCCCCGCCCCCGCCCCCGCCUCCACCCAAUAGACAGACAGAGAUGCGUCCAAUCACACCCAGCAUGGAGAGAAGGGUGGAGUCUCACUCUGACAACAAGAGAGGAGAGCGCCAUGGUGGACCUGGGCCAAACCUCUUCCCAAAGGGCACGAACCCUUUCGCCACUGUCAAGCUGAAGCCCACGUCCACCGAUGACAGAUCUGCUCCACGACUCCGUCGGUGAAGAGGUCACGCCUUUGGGAGGUACUGGGCGCGUUCCAGGUCGACUACAUUUCAGUUGUUGCAUUGCAUCAACAAAUGGUUUCAUGCCACUUUAUCGACUGUGCAGUCGACUGCUAUUUCAUAUGAUUCACUGAUCUGUUAAAUAAAUACCUAUCCAGGCGUUGUGAGAUCUGGCAGGUGUCUGAAAUGUAGUCAGCCUAAAACGCGUCCACUACCAUGCAGCAGGGGUUUUAGGGUUGGUGCCCUAAAACUGACCCAAAUCUUCCCAAACUGUUGAAAACUGUCUUAAAACUGCCCCAAACUUUCCCCAAGCACCCCCUAAUACCAAUAUUGUACAGUAGGUUAUUUAAAAAAUAUUAUGGAGUUUAUCGGAUGACUACAGUGAUAAAGGAAGUUCAGGGGGCAAUGUAAGAUGCCAGAAACCCUAACAGAUGCUUGGUACACUGAUUGACCUGGCAAGUGCAUUAAUCAUUUUUAUUUCAUUAGUGAGACAAAUCUUUGAGGGCGCUCAUUUAUGCACAUUUCUUCAGAAUCAGGGAUAUUUACUGACUUCAUAUACAUGUCAGGUACAGGUAAUAUUGUGGUAGAGGUAGUUGUGUUUAUCAAAGCCUUUUGAAUUGUUGUCUUCAAGUAGCACUUUUGUUUAGUUUUGCUUGUACAGUAACAAUAUGCCAAUUUAAACCAAUACUUCACUUUCAUUCUAAACUACAGUGAACCACAGUGAGCUAAUCUUUCUCUUAGGAAUGCCAUGUAGAUAGAUUGUUAUGACAAGUGAAUUUGAGCUACUAACUUAACAGUGCUAACCAUUGGAAUGAGUGCCUAAACGUAAUGUUUUAACCCUAUCCAAAACCUUAACCCUUACCUUAACCAUUGGAAUGAGUGCCUAAACUUAAUGUUUUAACCCUAUCCAAAACCUUGUCCAGUGCCUUUAGUAAAUGUUCUAUAAGAUCCACCAAUGGGGAUACUUAAUCUAAAUUAGCCUUAGUGUGUACUCAGCUAUGUAAAUGGUUGACAUGUGAAAGUGUUGAGCUAAUGUAAUAGCAUUAAAUAAACAAUUACUUUUUACUUUACUGCUAGAAUAAAAAUGGCAGCUGCUUUUCA